GGUCUUAUUAAGCUGAAUCAUACGAAAGCGGUUUAGCUUGCAGACGGUUUGGAGAAGAAUACGUUACCGUUAGUUCCAAGUGUACAAAACUUUGAGCUUCUUGAGCUGCAAUCAUCGGUCGUAGUGACCUUCAAGUAAACACACUAACUAUAUAUACUACUCCGAAUCGCAGGUAUCACCGUGGGGCACUAUGUAGGACGCACUCGCACGCACUUGGCUCCAUCAUUAACCUUAUUCCUACACUAUAAAUUAUCCUACCGUGACGCACAGCUGAAGCAGUGAUGUCUGUUCCAACUAGUUUUCGUGAAUAUCGCACCCAGGGUGAUGGCCACCAAAACUUGAAGCUUCAAUCAGUGACUCUCUCUAAGCCGAAGGCUACCGAGGUUACCAUCAAAAUACAUGCCGUCUCCCUGCAGUUUCGUGACCUGAUGGUCUCCAAAGGAAUUUACCCGCAGCAAAAGCGAGACAUCGUUCCUUGCUCUGAUGGCGCAGGCGAGAUUGUUGCACUUGGGCAAGAGGUCAAGGGGUGGAAAGUUGGAGAUCGUGUCUGCCCAAACUUUGCACUGGACCAUAUCCAUGGCGAUGUCACUGAAGAUAUUAAAUUUACUGGACUUGGUGGCCACAUCGAUGGCGUGCUCCAGGAGUACAUCAACGUCCCCGUUCACUCGUUGGUCCGCAUCCCAGAACAUCUUUCAUACGAGGAAGGGUCGACUCUUCCAUGCGCAGCGUUAACAGCUUACAACGCUUGUCUUGGACCCGUCCCUGUCAAAGGGGGAGACUACGUUCUCGUUCUCGGUACCGGUGGCGUUUCAAUCUUCGGCGCCCAAUUAGCCCUUGCUUCUGGUGCGACCGUCAUCGUCACAUCAUCUUCUGAUGAAAAACUACAAGUCGCAAAGAAAUUGGGUGUGCAGCACAUCAUCAACUACAAGAAGAACGUUAAGUGGGACGAAGAAGUUUUGAAUAUUACCGGCGGCCGUGGCGUUGACCACAUCAUCGAAGUCGGAGGGCCCAAUACUAUACUGAAAUGUAUCAAUGCCGUACGUUAUGCUGGAUGGGUUCACAUCAUCGGCUUCGUGUCUGGGGGCGAUAACGGUAUUCCCGUAGGCCUUGCGAUCACGAAAGCGAUCAACUUCCGCGGAAUUUUGAUUGGCUCUGUCAAACAGUAUGGUUUGAUUUUCAUAUCUCUAUUGUACUGAUGCCCAACUUAUAGGUUUGAGGACAUGAAUCGACUCCUUACAGCGGGCAAAAUCCAUCCAGUGAUAGACAAAGUCUUUCCCUUCGAGGAAGCCACCAAGGCUUAUGCGUACCUCGAGAGCCAGAAGCAUGUCGGAAAGGUAGUAAUCAAAUUGGCGUGAGGUGCAACUAUACAAGGGUCAAGUGUGGGUAUCGAGCAGUCCCGUGUUGUACCAUAUAAGUAUGUGUAGGAUAUGCAACAGCUAAAUAUCCA